AUUGACAGCGGGAGACCGUGGGAUUGGCUCUGAAGCAGGGGGCAACGCUAGCGAUGUAGAACCGUCAAAUGAGGGGUUGGUGGAUCUCUGUGGGAUCCGAACACUCAGCAUGUCAACGCUGUCUUCAAAGAAAUAGAAAAGGGCCCCCAGACCUGGGCGACACCUAUAGGGCUGUAGCGGAGACAAAGACGGUGUUGCCGUUUUGGGUGCGUGGCGAGCCGAUGUUCGUUCUUGCGGCAGACAAAGACGAUUGUGGUGGGUGUAUAUGUUUGAUAGGUUUGUGCUGUUUCUAGCAUCAAUCCAUGUCGAUGGCUACUCCUCUAGUGGGAUCCUUCGAACACUUGGAGGGGCUUCAAGGAACCCAUUCGCGACAUGCGCUGGGCACUGCAACCUCUUUUGCAACCCCACGCUUGGACCGCCCGCCUGCCAGCUGGGCGAACGCCACGCGAACGGCACCGGGGACGGCCAUGGCGGAUGUGGUGCGCUUCCACUUGGGCAGCUGCAUCGAGGCGUCUCGAACCUCACUGGCCCAGCAGGCGCAAUUCUUUGCAGUCUUGGCGGACGAGCCAGGGCCAAUCGAUUAUGGGGAAGCUGAAUUGGAAAGUCUGCUGAAGGUGCUGUCACCCAAGGGGCGUCGGAGCCUGCCAUUGCUGCUGGAAUGGCUGGGACAUCCAGGAGGAAAGUCGUCUCUGGAACCCGAACUCUUCUCGGAAGAGCUGCUGUUUCACAGCUUCGCCGCUGCUCAUCUCCUGGGCGCGUCGCAGCUCCUGGACGCCGCGCGCUACGCGGCCCAGGAGGGCCGACGUUUGCUGAACGCGCUGGUGCGCUUGGAGCUGCCGGCGGAUGUGGGCUCCCUCCGCACCGCGCACUGCUACGGUUUGGAUCGAUUCUGCGGUGAUCUGCCCUUGGCGCACUGUGCGGCGGAAGCGGAUCUGGGAGACGUGCUGAAGCUGAUGUUAAUGGAGGGAGAGGAGGGUGAAGAGAUGCGAAGAGCCGAUACCCUGGAGCUUCUCGACAGCAAGCACCACACGGCGCUGCAUGUCUGUGCGAUGCGCGACAGCGCUCAGGCGGCCAAGGUGCUUUUAGAACACUCGGCCAGCCUCACCGCGCUCUGCGACCCACCCGACCUGGAGGAGGAGGAAGGAACUGCGAAAGGCGGCCGCAGGGCGGGUGUGCGAACCGCUUUGCACCUGGCUGCAUAUCAUGACAGCGUGGAGGUCUUGCAACUGCUGUUGGAUGCCAAAGCGGACGUUGCCAGCUGCGUGAAAGGCGUCACCGGUGCCUUGACGCCGCUGCACGAGUGCGCCACCAGCGAUGCGCAGCGCUGCGCCCAGCUGUUGGCCGUGCGGGCCUCGGAGGCGGCGAUGAAAGCCACCGAGGAGUUGGAAAAGGCGCUCGUGGAUGGUAUGGAGGUGGAUCAGGAAGCAGAUCACCCGAGGGAAGAGCUGGAGGCCGCGGAGGCCGAUGCCAUCCACUGGUGCCGCUUCUUGGACCCUUUACAGGCGAAGGUGGGCCACCACGGCAGCACUCCCUUGCACCUCGCCGCCGAGAGUGACGCGCCGGGCGUGGUGGCGACGCUGCUGGAGGCCAAAGCAGAGCCGCAACUGGGGGACGACCAGGGCGACACGGCGCUCCAUUGCGCGAUGCUGUACGGAAGCCCACGAGCCUUGGAGGCGCUCCUCGAGCGGGGCGCGUCACCCUAUGUGGAGAACGGAUCGCAGGAGCUGCCGCUGCACCUCAUGGCGGAGUUCGGGCCUGGUGACGAUGACCCACUGCCUCCGGCCUUGUCCUCGCGGCACUUCGCCAAGACCUUCCGUGCCCAGACGCGGCUACUGGAAGCCUUGGCACAGCGCCAACAGUUGGCAGCGGCCCUGGCGCAUCGUGCGGAAGGUGAUCUCAGGAACACGCCGCUGCACAGUGUGGCACGGCACUGUCAUCCGGGGGCCCUGCAUGCGGUGGAGCUGCUGGUGAAUGCCAGGGCGGACAUGGAGGCCACCAAUGAGGAGGGAAAAACUCCUUUGGCCAUUUCCCUCCGUCGCUUUGGCGCUACAUCCCCCGUGGUCGCCCUCCUCCGUCGCCUCGGCGCGCGCGCCCCGGACGCCGACGCGCCGUCGUCCGGGGCGGCGGCGCUGGCGGGGGCGCUGGGCGGCGACGUGCGGCCGCUGGCGCCGGCAGGAAGCAUGGAGGUGGACGCUGGGUUACCCAUCCACAGUGAGACACAGUGAGCCAUUGGACUGGGCAAUGCUCGCGCG